CCUCACGCGCGGAGUGCCCUCGCUGUACGUGGACGUGCGGCCGCUGCUGGGCGACCCCGCCAAGAGCGCCGCGGUGCAGCAGCUGGUGGAGAGCUACCGGGAGACGCUGCGAAGCUCGGGUACCUACCCGCCUCUGUUCGGCAGCGACGCGGCUCCGGGCCCCGAGUCCCCGCAGACACUGGUGUGGGUGCUGUUCUUCCUGGCGCGCUUCUACGACCGACUGGGCCGGCUUGAGGAGGCGCUGGCGCACAUCGAGGAGGCGCUGGCGCACACGCCCACCGUCAUCGAGCUGCACGUGGCCAAGGCCAAGAUUCUCAAGCAUGCGGGAGAUCUGGAGGGCGCCGCCCACGUUGCGGAGACCUCCCGCCGCAUGGACCUGCAGGACCGCUUCCUCAACAGCGUCGCAGUCAAGGCACUCCUCGCAGCCGGGCACUGCGCAGCCGCCGAGCGCACCGCAUCGCUCUUCACGCGCGACGGCGAGCAGGGCGCCUACACGCUGUACGACAUGCAACACAUGUGGUACGAGGUGGCGGCGGGGCGGGCGCAUGCGGCACGUGGUUCCGGAGCCGCCGGCCCCGCUUUGAAGAAGUACAUGGCGGUGGUGCAGCACUUUGCGGACAUCCAUGAGGACCAGUUUGACUUCCACUCGUACUGCAUCCGCAAGGGCACGCUGCGUUCGUACGUGUCGAUGCUGGGUAUGAUGGACAAACUGUACAACCAUGACUUUUACUCCAAGGCUGCCUGCGGCGCCAUCCGCAUGUACCUGCAGCUGCACGACUGCCCGCCUGGCGCCGCCAACGGGGUGGACGAGGAGGCGCUGCUGGCGGGCAUGAGCGCGGAGGAGCGCAAGAAGUACAAGCUGACCAAGAAGAAGGAGGAGAAGGAGAAGGCGCGCAAGGCGGCGGAGGAGAAGGAGCGCGAGGAGCGGGAAAAGCGCGAAAAGGAGAAGGCGGCGGCGCAGAAGGGGAACAAGAAGGCCAGCGCGGCUGCAAGCAGGCGCGAGCCCGACCCCGACCCCGAGGGCGCCAAGCUCGCCGCCACCCCCGACCCCCUGGGUGAGGCGGCCAAGCUGGUGGAGGUUCUGGUACGGCAGGCGCCCGGCCGCCUCAGCAGCCACACCGCGGCGGCGGAGGUGGCGCUGCGGCGGGGGCGGCUGGUGGUGGCGCUGCGGGCGGUACGGCAGGCGGCGGCGGUGGCAGAGGGAGGCGCGGCGCACCCCGAGGUGCAUGUGCUGGUGGUGCGGCUGGCGCUGGCGGUCCAAACCUCGCCCCCGGAGAACCCCGUGGUUCGCUCCGUGGUGGAUGCGGGGCUGCAGGCGCUGCUGGGCGGCCGCAGCGCAGCGGAGUACGACGAGGCAUGGCGGGCGACCCACGGGUCGGCCUCGCUGUCGCACCGGGUGGCUGCCGGCAGCGCCAUGGUGCUGCUGAGCGGGCAGGAGGGCGGCCGGCAGCAGGCGGUGGCGCAUGUGCUGGCGCAUGACCUCAGCUCCGGUCCGCAAGACCACUCUCAGUGCGUCGAGGUGCACCAGCUGCUGCGGGACAAGUGGGCGGAUGCGGCGGCGGCGGAGCGCUGGCAGCAGGCCUGCGCGCAGGCCUUCCCGCACUCGCGCUACUUUGGCGGUGCUCGCGUGAUGGCGCUUGAACCCGCGUACGAUUUUGACAACAUGCGGGAGGCGUUUGGAAAGCUGUCCUUCUAGACGGCGCGGGUGUAGAUGUGUGUUAAAAUAACUGGCCGCGAGGCGAAACGUACUGUGAUUGCCGAAAGAUGGAGUCCUCCCACCGGGAUGUGUGUGUAGGUUCGUACUUUGAUACUUGUCACGCAACCGGGCGGAUGGGCGGUCUGGACUACGGCACUGGCGCGAGGAUGAAGUUUGCUGGGGUUUCUUUGCAGGCAGGCGGUGUGUGUCGCCCUGUCCCCCUGUGGCUGACGGGACGUGGCGUACACAUGUGUGGUAUGAGCCAUGCCCGGCGUCUACGAGGGUAGGCCUGAGAGCCUUGUCCCGUUCAGCCGUUCCAUGGCGUGGCGCUGGGCACGUACGUUCGCCAUGCAAGGGAUCGGACUGGGGUGCGGUCUUGACAGUUUGCAUAGCAGGGGCCCAGCAAGCAGGUUGCGACGCGUGGCCUUGUUCGGACUUUGUUAGGUCAUAAGAAGGGCGGGGCACGGACAUGGGCUGGAGUCGAGGUAACGGGAAUGAGAGGUUCUUUUCGUCCGGACGAGGGGCUGCACCGUUGCACGACGGCUGCUCGGGGACCCGCUGCGAUGGCGGGGAUGAGUGUGUGUUGGCUGUGGGGGGAGACACACAAGCGACGUUCCGACUCGCGGCCAGUUUUCUCAACACCCGCGACAUACCGCUGCAGGAGAGGUUCUUGCGGUCGGCCAUAAUGUGGGAUCUGCGGUGUCAGUGCUUGCGGGACUGCGUUCGGGACUUGUGUACUGUGCUAGAGGUGGGAGAGAUACACGGGGCAGUACUUUGCCUAACAAGGCGUAUGAGGCGCACGGCAUGAAUGAUGGCUGCGGAGUAGCGGCAGUGGUGAGGAACCGACAAAAGAGGGAAACGUGAGCGGAGAGGCGCCUGCUAUUUUACUACAGAGUCUCAUGGAUGAUGUCGCAAGCCAACUAGCUGCGCUACGCUAACGAAUACCUGCCGUAUGGCUCCC